UCGAUACAAUUGCUUAGACUACAGCGUGUUAUUUAUAAUAACAUUAAUAUUGGAUAGUAACGUGUAUAUUUAAAACGAAUCAUUUUGAUUUUAGACUUGCUUUUAGACGUUUGUCUUAGUACAUUUUUAUUAAUGCUUAGAAAACUUUGAUUGUUUUUGAUUGUUCUACUCAAAGGCCAAAUUGAAGUAAGAAGUAACUACUGUCGAAAGAUUCCGUUUUAAACUUUCAACAAUAUAUAAACAUUUGUAAUAUAAUAUCCAUUGUCAAAAUAAAUACGCAGACGAACGAAUGUCGUGGAAAGGCCUUAAAGUUAUCGGUAUUAUAAAUGUUAUUUUUUUAAUAUUGGUAAUGAUUUUUCAAACAAUAUUUUUGUUGGGGAUUCUUUUGCAUAUCGAGGCUUUAACAAGACAUUCUCGUGCAGAAGGGGAUAUUACUGCAAUCAUUAUAAUUUGGAUACUGUUAAUGAUAAUAAACCUUAUCUUAUUAUAUUUUAACUACGGAUUGAUAAAUAAAAAUUCGCCUGAUUAUAUUAGAAAUUGGCUGAUAGCACAUUCAAUUGCAUUUUUUUUGUGUCUUGGAAACAACAUAAUGUCGGUAAACGGCGGGGAUAUUCUUUCACCAAACAUUGUGGCAAUGGUGCUGUUGAUUGAGAUAAUACUUGUCAUAGUUUUCUGCUACGUAAUUCCAUCGGCUGGUGGAAGUAAUCAGUUUGCAAACGUUUAAAUCUGCAAAUUAGAGGCAACGCAUCGAAGAGUCGAAAACAACGUAGACAUUUUAAAAUCAAAUGUCAAUUAUAAAUAUAUACGAUUUACAGUUCAAUUGAUAAUUUAACAGAUAAUCACAGUAAAAAAAUCAGCCAAUAAAUAUAUAAAUCGGUCAAUUAGACAACCACAGUCGAUGACCACAGCAAUUGUUUUUAAUACCUAUUAAUUAUAAAUACAUUAAAAUAAUUCUAAGCAUCA